GUUCAGUGUGGUGACUUCCCUCAUCUGUUGGUGUAUGGACCGUCAGGAGCUGGAAAAAAGACAAGAAUAACCUGUUUGUUAAGGGAAUUGUAUGGUGCAGGAGUGGAAAAACUGAGGAUUGAGCAUCAGAGUAUAACGGCACCUUCUAAAAAGAAAAUUGAAAUCAGCACCAUUGCAAGUAAUUAUCACCUUGAAGUUAACCCAAGUGAUGCAGGAAACAAUGACCGUGUAGUAAUUCAGGAGCUCUUGAAGACAGUAGCACAAUCCCAACAGCUUGAGACAAGUACUCAACGAGAUUUUAAAGUGGUGCUGUUAACAGAGGUCGACAAACUCACUAAAGACGCUCAGCAUGCUUUGCGAAGAACAAUGGAGAAAUACAUGGCGACCUGCAGGUUGAUCCUGUGCUGCAACUCCAUGUCAAAAAUUAUAGGACCUAUUCAAAGCAGAUGCCUGGCUGUACGAGUGCCUGCUCCCAGCAUUGAGGAUAUCUGCCAUGUCUUGUCCAGUGUGUGUAAGAAAGAAGGCUUGACUCUUCCACAGGAACUGGCUCAAAGGGUUGCAGAGAAAUCUGGCAGGAAUCUUCGGAAGGCACUACUUAUGUGUGAGUCCUGCAGAGUACAACAGUAUCCUUUUACUGCUGAUCAAGAUAUUCCUGAGAUGGACUGGGAAGUUUAUUUGAGAGAAACUGCAAAUGCUAUUGUUGGGCAACAGACACCACAAAGGCUUUUGGAGGUCCGUGGACGGCUUUAUGAACUCUUGACACACUGCAUUCCUCCUGAGAUUAUAAUGAAGGGCCUCCUGACAGAACUUCUAAAUAACUGUGAUGGACAACUGAAAGGAGAAGUUGCACAGAUGGCAGCUUUCUAUGAACACCGCCUGCAACUGGGCAGCAAAGCCAUUUAUCAUCUGGAAGCAUUCGUAGCAAAGUUUAUGGCAAUUUACAAGAAAUUUAUGGAGGAUGGUCUAGAUGACAUGAUGUUUUAACUCUGAUGACUGAAGUCCUACACAGAAUGUUGUGUCAUGAUGCCAGUAAUGUUACAAAUGUUACCUACUUGUCCCUGCUCAAUUGCAUGUGGGUCUAGUUCAAAGUCAAAUAUUUUAUUUUGCUAUUAACGUAAAACACAGUGAACUAAAGAACAAUAUUUGUUCAGUUUUAGAAACCAGAUGGAUUGUUUGACAGCCACAAAUCCAUCUUUAGAUCCAUAAAAAAUACAUU